AGCGCCGGCGCAAACCGUUCUUCUGGAGGCGCGGGACGCUUCUUUUGUGGUGACUUAGGCCGUGACUUCGCUUAGGCCGCUGUGCCGUACAACCGGUAGAGGCUCUGUUUCCCUGAAACUUUAGAGUCUCAGGCCAUUUGAGGCAUUUAAGGCCAUUUGAGGCGAAAUGGUUCCGGACGAGAGAGGAUCAGGCGGUGGCAAUACAGGGGCCGCCGCCAUCUCAGGCUGCCCGUAGGGAAAAAGCCUGAGGGGCCCUCGCAGUCGUUGGAGCCUGCGCUUUCUUCCUUUGCUGGGCCCUGCCUACUGCGAAGAUGAGUUCGGCCUGGGUCCCUUCUUUCGAGAAGGAGCAUCUCUGGAUGUAUCUGCAGGCGCUCGGCUUCGAGCCGGGCUUGGCGACCGUAGCCGGUGGAAAGAUCGUGUCGCACACGCACCUCGGAGUGAACAUGUUUGACAAGUUGAACCGUGAUGCCUUUCAGAUAGUUUCUUAUUUUUUGUUUCAAACGCUUGACCAGUCUCUCACUAAAGAAGUUUUCAAACUUUGUUGGCCUCCAUUUGACCAAAAAAGUGAUACUGAAUUCCGAAAACAUUGCUGUGAAUGGUUAAAAAAGAUUUCUGCUGAAUGUGGAAGUAGCUUCCCUCAAGUUGUUGGUUCACUAUUUCUUUCUCCUGGUGGUCCUAAGUUUAUUCAUCUGAUGUAUCACUUUGCAAGAUUUGUUGCAAUAAAUUAUAUAAAAACCCAUUCUAAAAAUUCUUCUGUACAUUUUACAGAGACAUUUAACAUAAAGCCACAAGAUUUGCACAAGUGCAUUGCCAGAUGCCACGUAGCACGUAACAGAUUUUUACAAAUUUUGCAAAGAGAAGAUUAUGUUACCCGAAAAUACCAGGAAAAUGCACAAUUAUCAGUUAAACAAAUACAGAACUUGAGAUCAGAAUGUAUAGGACAGCAAAACGAGAUAAAAAAAAUGGAACCCUAUGAUGACCAAAGUAAUAUACAAGAGAAAAUUCAAAAGGUUCGGUCUUUGUGGGCUUCAGUGAAUGAAACACUCAUGGUUUUGGAAAAAGAGAGAGAAGUUGUUAGUUCAGUCCUUAGUGUUGUUAACCAAUAUACUUUAGAUGGAACUAAUGUUGCUAUCAAUAUUCCAAGGCUCUUACUUGACAAAAUUGAGAAACAAAUGUGUCAGUUGCACAUAGGAAAUGUUUAUGAGGCUGGAAAAUUGAAUCUCUUAACAGUUAUUCAGUUAUUAAAUGAAGUCUUGAAAGUAAUGAAAUAUGAACAUUGUCAGGCUAACCAAGCAAGACUGACAAUAGACCUUCACUUCCUUGAAAAAGAGACCAAAGUUCAGAGAGAAAGAUUGUCAGAUCUGAAGCAUAUGAGGUAUAAAAUAAAAGAAGAUGUCUCAACUAUAAAACAUUCUAUUGUUGAAAAACAAGAAGAAUGGCAUAAAAAUUGGAAAGAAUUUCUCGGCCUGUCUCCUUUCAGUCUAAUAAAAGGUUGGACUCCAGCUGUGGAUCUUUUACCACCUAUGUCUCCCCUUUCGUUUGAUCCUGCCUCAGAAGAAGCAUAUGAGAAGAGUAUUCUUUUGCAGUACCCUGCUUCACUUCCAGAUACACGUAAGCAACAUACCCAGGAAGAUGAUUGCAGAAGGGCAAGUGAUAUACUGGAAACUAAAUGUGAUCUAGCCAACAGCCCUGCUUCUUUCCUGUUGCAGCCCAUUUCACCAUCAGAUAGAAACAGUGUUACACUACUUGAAAAGGACACGAAGUUGAUGACUCCUAGAGAGAAAAAUGAAACAGUUUCUAAGAAAACAUCAGAAUUUGAAGCGGAAGACUCUUCAUCAUCAAAUAUUGCAAAGAGUAGUGCAUUUGGAGGGUCUCUGCCAGCUAAAAAAAGUGAUCCAUUCCAAAAAGAGCAAGAUCAUCUGGUAGAAGAGGUUGCAAGGGCAGUUUUAUCUGAUUCACCACAGCCUUCUAAAGGAAAAGAAGUAAUAUUAGAGGAACUAAUUGACUCUCUAGCUUCCAACCCAUUCUUAACAAGGAAUCAAAUUCCCCGAACUCCAGAAAACUUGAUAAGUGAAAUUAGGAGCUCAUGGAGAAAAGCUGUUAAAAUAGAAGAUAACAGAAGUGCAGAACCAAUUCAGAUGGAUACUGAACAUAGAGAAGUAUUGCCAGAAUCCUUACCUGUGGUGCAUAAUCAAAAAGAGCUUAACGUGGACAGUUUUUUCUCAGCAACCACUGUGUCCGAUUCUAGCCAUUCUCAUUUGCCUGAAGAGAAAGUUGUUUCAGAUUGCCUCAAGUGUGUGCUUCAGAAACCUGUGGUAACCAGUUGCAUAGGUGAACCAACAACACAGAAUGUGUCAGAUUUGUUAAAUAAGGACAUAAUUUGUAAGCAAGAUUUGGAAUGUACAGCUUUACAGAACAAGUUUUUAGAAACUAGCCAAAUAGAGACAUCCUCCCCUGCUGUAGGCAAUAGGAGAGAUGUGAUAGGUAGCAGUGAAGAAGAGUAUAUUAAAAUAUCAGACCACUCGAAAGCUUCUUACAAAGAUCUUUCCAUGCAUAAAAGUAUGUUAUGGAACUCUUUUCAGAUAUCAAGUGGAAUUAGUUCCAGUUUUAAAGAUAGUGAUUUUGGCAUAUUACAUGAAACUCUUCCGGAAGAAGUUGGUCACUUAAGUCUUAAUAGCUCCAGUAGUACAGAGGCCAAUUUUAAACUGGAACCAAAUAGCCCUAUGCACAGUGGCAUUUUCCCAGAAGGUGCUGUGGGAGGAAGACAGAAUACUCCAGAAUCAGACUUUAAUUUACAGGCUACUUGGAGUGGAUAUGAGGCUCUGAAGAAAUCUGUGCCCAAGCAAAGGGAAGAAAUUUGCCUCUCUAAUCCUGAAACACUUGAAAGACACAAACCAGAAUUGAGCCUUACUUCCCAAUACAUGCAAACUGAUGAUAUGCUUAACUUUUGGGGCACUCAUGAUAUGCACAUUGACUGUACAAAACCAUCUUCACGCAUGUCCCUUGGUGAAAGAAAACGGUCUCUUUCACCACUAAUUAAGUUUUCUCCAGUGGAACAAAGAUUGAGGACCACAGUACCAUGUAGUCUUGGAGAACGUCUACCUAAUUUAACAGUCAAUUUUGCAGAAGAAGAAAUCUUGAAUAAGAGCCUUGAUGCCAAAGAAUCUCCAUCCGACUUGAAAGAUGAAGUAGUAGCCCAGUCAACUUAACUAUGAUGAACUUAAGUUGAAGCAAUGUCACAGGAUAAAAACAUUUGUAAUUUAAAUACACAUUGGAAGUGUAACUUUUUCAGGGUCUAAAAAAGUCCUAAAUAAUGCUUUUUAGCCUUCUCUACUGAUUUUAAGUAAGGAGAGUAUGUUUGGAUUUUCUCUCUCUGUAUGGAUAUGGGGUUGAAAUGUGAAGUAUUUGGAAAGCAAACAAGUUAUGAGAAGCCAUUUUGGUUUCUUGGAUAAUCUUGUGGGCAUGAAAUGGCAUAGUAUUAGGUUUACUAAUUCAUUAUGUUCUAAUUUCAGUUAAUUAACAUAAGGAUGAGUAGUUUUUAAUGUGUUUUAUUAAGUGGUUAACUUAAUAGCCAUUGGAUAUACUGAUCUUUCUUUUUAGGGAAAUAUACAACUUUUAUUGUUUCUUUUUACAACAUUCUGGUACUAAACAAAAAAAGUGAGGAAAGUAAUGCUUUGGGGUGUAUAAUCAAAAUGACAAAGUUUAAGUUUGGGAAAGCUCUAAAGAGGCUUAAUGAUUAUUCAGGUAGGUUGAUCCUGGAAAAUGAUGUUUGAUGGAAUAAAGUGCAUGUGAUGAUAGUGAAGACUGGAGCAGAAUGAAUUUA